AUGAAGGGGACUGAGGGAAAGGGAGAAUCGUGUCGGCCUGUCGGAGGUGUGUGUCCACUCGGAAGAGAGACCAACGCCGGAGAUGUGGUGUUGAUGGGAGCUCUGGCCGCCUCGGCUUGUCGUCAAUACGGACUCGGUCGCCGGUCGUGGAAACGGCGUUUGCAGAGCCGAGCCGCAGCACGGCUUGACGCCAGGCCUGCUCGGUGCGAAUGCCAGCUUCCUAUUGGCUACGAGGGGAUGACUCGACGUGACGCCAGAGGUCAGAGUAGGGCUGCAGUUGCUGUGAUUGGUCGACAGUCGCAGUGCCUGUGUCGCGAUGAGUCAUCUGUUCACAUUUGCUCUGUUGGGUGGCGAAAAGAGUGUCGUCUUGGCGAAACAGACGACAACAGUUGA